GUUAUUACAGCCAGGUGUUUUCAAUUUCAGAGCCCUGGAUACCAUGCUCCUGUCAGUAAAAGGCUAUGUUGUCUGGAGGCAGGAAGCGAUCGUGGGUCAUAAGAGCACUGGCCUAGUUUGAUCCACGAUUCCUCUAAAAAAUGCGGAUUCGUUGUAGACCUGGAGCACUUGGAUGCCUCGAGAGUUCUGUAAUUGAGCUUGCAUCUGCCACUCGUGGGCUGAGAUUCGUGUUUGACCUACUGCUUGUAACCACUUCUUCUCAUACACGAAUGCACACAUGAUGCACUACUUGUAACUACUGCAGGUUCUCCUCUUAUUCACUGCUCAUCUCUAGCAGACAUGCUGGAUUUAGAGUUCAGUACCUUGUGGAUUGGUGACCUCAUAACUGAGUAAAGCUGUUCGGGAGAUAUCCGUGCCAAUAGUGUAAUAUUCGGCAUCAAGACUAACUUGUAUCACUUAAAAGACGAAAGUAUGAAAUGAUGUGUUGUCACACGCAGUUGAUAACCGCAGAGGCAAAUUCUUGGACCUCAUCGAUUAUAUGACGAUCCUAUCCACAGAGCAUUAUGCAUCUCAAGCGGAGCUAAGAAUGAAUCACAUCACAAAGGAGAGAGGUUGAUGCCUGGAAGUGUCCAAUGGACACUUCCAGGCAUCAGAAAAUUCUGGCAAGAAGUGAUCGUUGUGAAAAGGACAAAAGAGCAACUCCAAGGUCCAAUCUGUGUCGGCGGGCGGUCUAGCUACCUCGUGUUCCAGCUCUGCAGCUACCUACCGUUACUUACUCGUUCCUUGAACCACCAACUUCAGAAGGGUGAAGAUACAUUGAAUGCUUGUUUUGCGCCUGAUCCAAGCCUGAAAAAUCGGUCGUAUAUCCGUAUCUCGUAUAGAGUACCUUUUGGCUGAUUAUCGUCUCAGAAUAGGCUGUGGAUCACAUUGUCGCUUAUUGCGUGCGAGCUAGUAUGAUUUCUGCCAAGUGCUGGAGAAGGUAGGUGCAGCAUCUGUGAGUAGCAUCCGCUCACAGAGAUGAGAUAUUUUAAUUUGUCAAGUUCGAGAUUGUCAGACUCUGCACAACUUUCCACUAACUGCAAUCGUAAGGUAAAAUUGUGCACAGAGUACAGAGCUCUGCACUUACGAUAAGAGGUAUAUGAAAGCGGUAAAAGGGGAAAGGGUCACUCCGAACCACACUGCAUUCAUUACUGCUCGCCAUACACAUUGGAGUUCCAGAAAGGGUUUCGAGCGCGUUUGAUUUUUUCAAGCGAAAAGGUUCUGCGGUCAAGCUCAGGAGUGUGUAGUGCACACGCUGGAGUAGAAUAUGAACAAUAGUCUGCUUUCAUAGCAAGACUCUUGUGAUUGAUAAUUUGGUCUCAUUGUUUGUCACUGAAGUUAUACCAGUAGUCACGGUGUGCUCACCAGCGGAAUUUAGCGGAAGUAGGACGGUAGUGCAUUCUCGGUUCCUUUCUUGCCCAUGAUUCUACUCUCUGAAUUCUUGUCUUACGACGUGUGAGUGCUUACAUAUCGAAUAACCCGAAUAAUGCUGAAUAAAGA